AUCGACGGCAUAGAAUGUACUUGAUUAGAAGGGGAGAAAGAGUCAAAGCGCGAGAGUUUUGUUAGCGCGCAGUGGUCAAAAGAUUGGAUCGUCCUUCGCAAAGCCGCGAUUUGACUGGGCUGCGCAGUCAUCUUCGUUCAUUCAAAUCCGGGUUCUGUGACUGGUUCUUUGCGAAAGUCCGUGCUAGAACACUAAAUGCGCGAGCGGAGCUUGAAGGCCGGGUGGAUUCCAUCGCUUCGAGGUGCCCAAGAGGGAUUUUUCGCCAGGUAGCCGGGAAGAUUGAUCAGGGACAUGGGAUUGGCGAGAUGGGCGAUUCAGAUAAUUCUCCUGUGGAUGUUCUUGGCCUCGGUGGCCCUGGCAGUCACAAACCCAGCUGAUACCGCUGCUCUACGUGCUGUGAGAGCUGGAUGGACAUCCUCUAACCUUAACUGGAACGGUGAUGAUCCUUGCGGAGGAUGGCAAGGAAUAGGGUGCGAGAACGGUGGCCAGAACGUUACAAGCUUGGAUUUGGGGGAUUUCCGGCUCGGUGGACGGCUACUCCCCGCAAUAGGGGAUCUCGUCAACCUUAGAACACUCAUUCUUGCAUUCAAUCCUCUAAUCACCGGUUUAAUCCCGAGUGAACUUGGCAGAUUGAGCAACUUAGAGUUCUUGAGUUUGCAAUCGUGUUCUUUCUCUGGAAGAAUACCAGCCGAGCUUGGUCGAUUGAGAAGACUUCGAUUCCUAGGAUUGAAUUCAAACAGGCUAGAUGGAAGCAUUCCACCAGAGCUUGGUCUACUCACGAAUUGCACUUGGUUUGAUCUCUCAGAGAACAAUCUCUCUGGUGAACUUCCGGUUUCGAGCGGUAUAGCAGGAGUCGGCCUAAACAAUCUAACAUCCGCUAUUCACUUCCAUUUAAACAACAAUUCGUUCGUAGGAAGAGUCCCAGAAGAAAUCUCUGUUUUGCCAAACCUCAUCCACUUCUUGGUGGAUAGUAACUCAAUGAGUGGAGAAAUUCCAGCAGCACUGGCAAAUUUGCCUUCUCUUGAAAUCUUGAGGCUUGACAACAACAAUUUUAGUGGCCCAUUUCCAAACAUUACCAGACUCAGCGGAACUUUACAUGAAAUACACAUACGAAACAACAGCUUUACAAGCUUUCCGGACAUUUCUUCUCUGAGCCAACUUCUCUUUGUGAGCAUGGGACUUAACAGAUUCCCUCCUCAAGCCUUGCCUUCGUUUUCAACACUCCGGAACUUGCAAUCCCUGGAGCUCGAUGGAUCAAACCUCUCUGGAGAUCCCAGCGCCUUGUUAUUGAUUUCCACCCUCGAAACCUUAUCACUCGCCUCCAACAAUCUAAACUCGACUCUGGAUCUGGGAAACACAUCACCAUCUUUAACAAGCAUCGAUCUCGCCAACAACAGAAUUCCUGAAGUAUCUCGAGCUCCACCUUCAUCUUCUUACUCAGUAACACUCGGUGGAAAUCCGGCUUGCAACACGCCAAACCUUCCGAGCUACAUCAACUGUUCUUCAAAUGCCUUGGGUAACGAGGCCUGGAGACCACGGCAAAACUGCAGCUCCACAAACAGGAUUUGUCCGAGAGAGGAGAUCUUCAACGAGGCUUCGUGCACCUGCGGCAUUCCAUACAUUUUGCGGUUCCAAUUCAACGCGCCAACUUUCUCGGCCAUGACAAGCGACCGUAACGAGGCUCUUCGGUCCGAGAUCGCUCGAGGAACCGGAAUUUUCAUCGACCAAGUGUGGGUCGAUAACUUCGUCUUCACGGACAACUUUCGAUUCAACGCGACCGUGGCAUUCUUUCCUCCCGUCGGCGUUCGCGAGUUGUCGGACCAAGUGAAGACUGAUAUUCUCCGGCGCUACGUUCUUCACACUAUCGACCUGAUCGGGUUUGAUCCAUACCACGUCUUUCCAAUCGAUCUUGGCGACGUAACUAUAAGAAAUGGUAAUGGAGGACUCUCGGCUGGAGCCAUCGCUGGUAUCUCUAUUGGUGCGGUUUUGGUCGUGCUUCUAGUCGCUGGCUAUGCGAUCAGGCAAAAGUUCCGAGCAGACAAAGCCAAACAAGCUACAAAUCCUUUUGCUUCCUGGGGAGGUGGUGGAAAAGACAACGGGGAGGCGCCAGUGAUCAAGGGAGUGAGGUCCUUCUCUUUCGCGGAUCUCAAGAAAGCUACGAGCAACUUUAGCAGCAGCCACGAGAUUGGAGUCGGAGGAUACGGCAAAGUCUACAAAGGAUUUCUUCUCACCGGUGAGGUUGUGGCGAUCAAGCGAGCUCAGGCCGGAUCGAUGCAAGGAGCUCACGAGUUUAAGACCGAGAUUGAGCUGCUUUCUCGUCUCCACCACAAGAACUUGGUCGAGCUAGUCGGGUUUUGUUUCGAGCAUGGCGAGCAAAUGCUCGUCUACGAGUACAUGGCGGGUGGAAGCAUUCAUGAUCAUCUCAUGGAUCAAUCCAAAGUUUUCAGCUGGAACAAGAGACUCGAGAUUGCCAUUGGCUCGGCUCGCGGACUCUCAUAUCUUCACGAGCUCGCAAAUCCUCCCAUUAUCCACAGAGACAUCAAGUCGAGCAACAUUCUUCUGGACGAGAUGUUCGUCGCCAAGGUCGCGGAUCUGGGAUUGUCUAAAGUUUCCAUGGCCGACGAAGGGAAAACUCACGUCUCCACUCAAGUCAAAGGAACGCUGGGAUACUUGGAUCCCGAGUACUACAUGACGAACCAACUUACAGACAAGAGCGACGUCUAUAGCUUUGGAGUGGUUCUUUUGGAGCUUCUAACAGCACGGCCUCCGAUCGAGAAUGGAAAAUACGUGGUUCGAGAGAUCCGGACCGCUUUGGCGCGAGGAGGCCUCGAGGAGGUAAUCCCUUUGCUGGAUUCCUCGCUCGAGGGCUACUCGGCGAGAGAUUUGAAGAGAUACUUGAGCUUGGCGAUGGCGUGCGUGGAGGAAGCAGCGGCGCAAAGGCCCAGCAUGAACGACAUUGUCAAGGAGCUGGAAUCGCUGCUGGGAUCAUCUGGCGGAUUCAGAGGUAGCAGCGUCGGUGGAGGGGAAUUUCACGCUAUCAGCCUCUACGAUGACGAUUCUGUGGCUCUAUCAUCCGCCGGAGCGUUCGAAUAUAGCGGCGGCUAUCACAUCUCAAGCAAAGUAGAGCCCAAGUGAUCCAGUCACAUUUUUCAAAUUGGACGGUAGAGAUCGACAGCUUAGUUCAAUGGACGGAUCGGAUGACACUUUCGCGAAGAACCCCAAAAAGAGGGCCAUGGCUAAGCUUCGGCUGUUGUGCAGCUUCAGGGCUUGGUUAGACUGCUGUUGCUGCUGCUGUAACAUACGAAUUUUGUAUAGGUUGAAAUACAUUGAGAACUUUCACUA